CCCUACAGCGGUAGCUGCGGGUCACUCUGACCCGCACAUAUUUUCUACGCCCUACCUCUCCCGUAUUAGAUAAGAUACAUCGCUCGCCUCUUAGGUACCUUCCUAUGAACUACUUAUCCACAAAACUCAGUACAUGUUGCUUUGUUUACAUUGAGCUGUCUACUUGAACGGAGCUCUUGCGGGUCACCGUGACACGCAGCGACUGUUUUCGGUGUCAUAUUAUUUUGCGACUAUUUUUGGUUCUAUUGUUUAUUACCGGCAUUUUGGUGUGUCAGUGUUCCACUUAGUCACCACCUGUUGCAGCAACAUCCUUGCUUUAUAAAAAGCAAAUAUCGUGAGGUAAGCUCGUCUGUUUUUGGUUUUGGAAAAAAUAGUACAACGCUGGUAUCAUAUGUACCAAAAAAGGGCAAGUUUGUUGUUCUGUUAUUGACUAUGCACCAUGGUAAAACAAUUGAUCCUAAUAGUGGUGCCGCCCGAAAACCAGAGAUUAUCACAUUUUACAAUUGCACAAAGGGUGCGGUUGAUGUAGUAGAUGAGAUGUGUGGCACAUACUCAACAGCCAGGAAAACCAACAGAUGGCCCCUUUCAGCCUUUUUUCAUCUUCUGGAUGUGGUUGGGGUCAAUAGUUUUGGCAUAUCAUCGUACAAUGAAAAAGGGGAUCAGCGCUUGAUGAGAAGAACUUGGCUCAAAGAGUUAGCCAAGGAACUUGUUUCUCCAUACAUGCGAUCUCGACUGCAAAUUGCAAAUCUUCCCAAGUUUAUCAGGACCAACAUUAUAGAAAUUCUCCAGGAAGGUGAACCUGCUGCUGAAGAGGAGCAAGCAGAACAAGAUUCAAGAAAAAGGAAGAGAUGUAAAUUAUGUGCGAGAACUGGUAACAAAUCUUAUCACACUUGUGCGAUUUGCAAAAUAUACAUCUGUGGAAAUCAUGGCAAACUUACAUGCCUGAAUUGUCUGAAAAAUACUCCUUAGAAAUGGGCACGCAAUAAAUACAGUUUAUAAAGGGUUUCAGA